AUGUCGGAUUUAGAUAGCGAAUAUCCGAGAGCGGAAAGUGGUAGACCAUUUCUACCGGAAGAAAAUAAAAAAUUUGUCAAGCUCUUUAAUGAACAGAAAUUCAGACCUAGAACUGCCAUUUUAAAAGUGUGGUUUGAAUAUCCCAAAAACAUGUUCUUCAAACCCAUACCAGCUAAAGAUAAAAUCACUUUCACGAAUAAAGAAGGUAAAAAGGAAACUGGCACUAAAAUCAGAUUCAGAAAUGGUUUCUGUCACGACGUUUUAACAUCGGUCGAUAUUCAAGAAAUAGUGAAAGCCGGUGGACGAAUUAUUAGAAUAUUAGAUGGUAUUUUAAAACUCCACCCUAUAGAGAUUAUAUUUUAA